CCGUGUUACGCGAACGCCGCCUGUGAUGUAACAGCCGCUGUGUAGUCUGCUGCAGGCGGUGCGAGAGAAGGCGAGUGAAGGGCACGGGGCACAGGACGUGUGGAGGACCAACACAAAGACCAAGAUGUUCGUGGCAGCGAUGCUAACUAAGCAAGGGAGACUCGGGGCCACCGUUAGAAGAAUAGUACAAGGGUCUCAGAGACAGGGCGAUUGCAAUAAACUCGGAAAUGUAGCAGCAAGGAACUUCGUUACCUCAGUUGACCCUUCACAUGGACUUACGGAAGAACAGAUUGCUAUACAACAGCUUGCAAUUGACUUUGCAAGAAAUGAGAUGAUGCCAAACAUGGCAAUGUGGGAUGAGAAGGAAAUAUUUCCAGUUGAGACCAUGCGAGCAGCAGCAAAUCUAGGUUUUGGGGCCAUAUAUGCUCGAGAAGAGUUUGGUGGGACAGGGUUAAGUCGUUUGGAUGCAUCUCUGAUUUUUGAAGCACUUUCACAGGGAUGCACUUCUACCACAGCCUAUAUUAGUAUUCACAACAUGUGUGCUUGGAUGAUUGACACCUUUGGGAAUGAAUCUCAGCGUGAGAAAUGGAUACCUUUGCUGGCAGGCAUGGAGAAAUUUGCAUCAUACUGUUUGACUGAGCCAGGUUCAGGGUCAGAUGCUGUAUCUCUUUCAACAAGUGCUAAGAGGGAUGGAGAUGAUCUCAUUCUCAAUGGUUCAAAGGCAUUCAUAAGCGGGGGUGGUGAUACUGAUGUAUAUCUUGUGAUGUGUCGAACAGGAACUGCUGGGCCCAAAGGCAUCUCCUGUGUGUUAGUGGAGAAAGGAACACCUGGUUUGAAUUUCGGCAAAAAAGAGAAAAAGGUAGGAUGGAAUUCGCAACCAACAAGGAUGGUAAUUUUUGAGGAUUGUAGAGUGCCAGCCACAAACAUUAUUGGAAAUGAAGGUCAGGGUUUCAACAUUGCAAUGAGGGGUCUAAAUGGAGGUCGUAUUAAUAUUGCCUCCUGUUCCUUGGGUGCUGCUCAGGCAAGCUUACAAGCGGCAAUUGAUCAUGUGAAAGUGCGGAAGCAGUUUGGAAAGCCCUUAGCAAGUUUCCAGAAUAGCCAGUUUCGACUUGCUGAGAUGGCUACAGAGUUAGUGGCAUCAAGGCUCUUGGUGCGCAAUGCUGCCAAGGCUUUGGAUAACGAUGACCUUGACACAGUACCACUUUGCUCAAUGGCAAAGUAUUAUGCAACAGAAAAAUGCUUUAAUAUUAUUAAUGAAGCCUUGCAGUUACAUGGUGGCUAUGGGUACCUAAAGGAUUACAGCGUCCAGCAGUACCUGCGUGAUACCCGAGUACACAUGAUCCUUGAGGGGACCAAUGAGGUUAUGAGACUCCUCAUUGCCAGGAAAGUUCUUUCAGAUUGAAGUACAAAUCUCUGAUACAAGGAGUAUGGAAUUACAAAAGUUUUGGCUCAUCUUUCCUUUCUAAGUACGUAGAAUUCCCUUGUCAAGAGAAUUCUCUUUUAAUACAAGCUGUCUGUAGUUUCAUUUGUUUUCAGCUCAGUAGAGGGAAGUUUUAGGUAUCUUUACACUCUUUUCUGAAGUAAACAUGUACUGAACAAUGAUACUGUUAUUUUUGUGACGAGUUCUUGUAUUAGGUAGUUGAGUGUAAGCCUAUAAAUAUUGUUAGUGUUAGUAGAGGUGAUAAUGAGUAGCAAUGAGGUACACAUAAUAUUGAAUAGGGGAAUGGUGUGAAUUUUGUUUAUCAGAUUGCAGACCAUAAUAAUCAGGUAAACUUUGUGUGAAUUAACAUGUAAUCCCUGUAGUAUAUGUAGUUUUCUAUAUUAAUGCUGUGAAUUGAGAAUUUAGCUUGUUGAUUUGGGGUAGCAAUAACAGUAAAGAGGUGCUCUUUGUUGUAAUAUUCAUCAAGCUAAUACUAAUAUUGGUAUUUUGCAGACAAGUAAAGCAAAUGAAGUUUCCCCAGAUUUAUCAAUGUUUAAAUGCAUGGGAUUAUGUUUUUAUUCAGCAGUAAAUAAGAAAUGGUUAGUACAGUGGUUCCCAAACCUGGACUUCCUGUGAAAGUAGCACAAAGGACCUUUAAGCAAAGUAGAAAAUAUAGAGGUUCCAGCACUAAAGAACUUUAAUUUUUAUUAAUUUAUUAAAAUAAAUAUAUAUUGCAAUUUAUAACUAAAUACUGAGUUGUAUAUGUUUUUCAAGUAGGUAAAUGAGGUCCUUGUUGAAAAUUGGCUCUGAAUAGUCAAAAAUGUUGAUUCCACAAAGAAAAUUUAUUCAAAGAUAUAGGGUCCCUCUGAUGAAAAUGCUGGGGACCUCAGGUGUGUGUAUAACUCAUGUUGGUACCAGUGGCUGUUUUAUAAUAUAACUAUAUAAUGGAAGACGUCAAGACUCAGUUGAAGUGCAACUCAAUGCAUCAAUGGUAUAUAUGAGAUUGACAUUAUUUUAUGAUAUUUAGAAAUUAAACCGCAUUGGCAUCUUUGAUAGCUGAUCAGGUGGUAAGGUAUAAAAAAAGUUCUUUCUAUAUAUUUAUUUUUCAUUGUUUUCAACUUCAUGUAAAUUGGUCCUUAUAUUAGCAUGUAAAUUUUUAAUUAUGUGGAAGCACAGUCAGAGAAAUAUAUAAUAAAUUCAUAGUUCAUUAAAUGCAACAGUCAAAGUUAUCUAGUUCUAUUCUCAAUAAUAUUCUUUGACUAUAAAAUUUCAUUAGCCUGUAAUGUCUGAUUUGUAACCAUAUUUGAAUUGAGUGAACUUAUAUUAUUUUAAAACAUUCUUUGAUAUUAAUUUAGAACUAAAUGAUCAUAAUGCCCACGUUAUGAAUUAAGUGGCAUGUAUUUUGUCUUUCAAUACUAGUAGUUGUGUAUAUAGUAGUGAUUGUUGUAAAUAUCUUUAUAUUUAUUAAAAAAAGAAUAUAUUUUUA